AUGCUUUUUUUUUGUCUCUCUCUCUCUCUCUCUCUCUCUCUCUCUCUCUCUCUCUCUCUCUCUCUCUCUCUCUCUCUCUCUCUCUGUCUCUCUCUCUGUGUGUCUCUCUCCUUCACUUCUUCACUUUCAAUCUCUCCAGCGCGCGGCGUUUUGUCGUUUGACUCUCUUCCGUCCCUUUGCUUGUGGUCGAGUGCUUGCUUGUCGUUACCGGGCAAGCGUUUCGUGGGGCCCGAGGCUCUGUUCCACAUCGGGCUUGAGCCCAUUUCCCCCAUUAUCAUGUCGUCCGACGACAUCUUUGUGAUUGCAGAGCGGCCCGCCGCCGAGCCGGAUUCCCGCGCCACCGACCACAAGGUCCACCUGAAAGCCAAAACGCCCAUCGUGAUUGACCAUGGCAGCGAGACGUGGCGCGUGGGCUGGGCGUCGGAAGAGUCCCCGCGCUUACGCUUUCCCCCCUUGGCUGGCAAAAAUCGCCAAAAGAACGCCCCCAUGUAUGCAGGAAAUGAUGCACUCUACCAUAUCAAAGGUCGCAACCUGACUCGCCCCAACAACGAGAAUGGUUUAGUUGUUAGCUGGGAAACAGAGGAGCUACUUCUCGACCACGCCUUCUCUUGCCUGGGCAUCAAGGAAACGUCCGUGGCCCACCCCAUCUUUGUGACCGAGCCCCUCUGCAAUCCUGCGCUACUGCGAGCUCGCCUAUCCGAGCUGUUGUUUGAGUUGUAUGGAGCACCUUCUGUUGGUUACGGGCUCGACGGACUCUGCAGCUUUUACUACAAUCGCCCAGACGCACGGGCUGGCCUCGUCGCCAAUCUGGGCUACAGUGGCACCACCCUUUUGCCUGUAUACGACCAACGCCUGCAAGCUCGCAAGGCUCGCCGCAUUGACGUCGGAGGUGCCCAUAUUCAAACCUACGGUCGCGCCAUCUUGGGUGCUCGGCACCCACAUCUCGUCCCCGAGCUGAAUUCCAACGUCAUCGAAACCAUUGUGCAUCGUUUUUCCCGCGUGGCUCCAAAUUACAAGGAUACCCUACGCCAACUCGAGGAUCCGGCUCACGUGACAGAGCUGCUCCAGCGCUUCCAGUUACCCGUCGACCUCUCGACCAUCCCAACACAGGAGCAGCUUGAUGAGCGCGCCCGCAAGCGUGAAGUGGCAGCUCAGCGAAUGCGGGAUAUGCAGCUGCGCCGUGCCGAGUCGUUGCUGGCCGGAAAAGAUCAAAAGCUACAAGAGGGCUUGGAUCUGAUGGGGACCUUGGCGGCGGCUCAACCAGAGGACCGCGCUGAGAUUCUGACUCAGGCUGGGUACAGUAGCGAUCAAGCCUUUGCCAAUGAGUUGGAAACUGUGGACUUUCAAGGCUCCAAGCUUCGGGCACGUGUUCAACAAGUUGAGCCUGACUUUCGUCCUCCAGUGUUCUACUCCGAGGAUGACCAAGCUCUGCUUGAUGCUGAAAGCGACGAAACGCUCACCGAGCAGCAAAAAGCUCGGCGUAUCGAAGUGCAGUACAUUCACGGCCUUCAGCUGCUCGUGGAUGACGCCCGAGCCAAUCGAAUUGCCGCGGGCAAAGAUAUGCCCGAUGAGAAUAAACAGGACACACCCUUGACCAUCGAGGAGAUUGAGAAAGUGCAGGCUGAAGUGGAUUCGCUUCGGGCCGAUCGCGACCGGCGCAAGAAGAUGCGCUCCGAGCUGCGGGAUCGACGUUCAGAAGCAGCCAAGAAGCAGAUGCGACUUUUGGUGCAGCAGAGCGAGGGGACGAAGCCGAAUAAGCGAAGCCGAACCAUGCGUGGGGCCAAACCAACACGCAACAAAGAGACGGAGGAUGAUGACUUUGGAGCCGAUGAUGAGGACUGGGCCGUGUACGCUCGCAUCAACCAAAAACAUACUGGGGAUGAGGAGGCUGAGAUGGACGAGCGUAUCAUGACGCUUGAGGCGCAGCUCGAAGACAUGCGUACCCAGUACGCACGAGAACAUCCUGAAACGCGAGAGCAGAUGAUAGAGAGUGCACGCUUGGCGCUCCAGUUUGCAUUGGCAGUGGAGCGCGUGCAAAUACCCGAAGCCAUUUUUGAGCCGCCGAUCGCGGGCAUUGACCAAUCCGGUUUGAUUGAUGGAAUGGGGUUUGUCUUUGGUGAUUCGGAGCCAGACAUGGCAUCGGCCAUGGCGGAGAAUGUCUUCUUGACGGGAGGCAUGUCCAAGUUUGCAGGCAUGGCCGAGCGGGUACAGACAGAGCUCACAAGCUUGCGUCCAUUUCGCUCUGUGGUCAAGGUGUGGACCGCCCAGGAUCCAGACGACGAUGCGUUUCGUGGUGCAUGCCGGCUCAUGCGGCAAGUGCCGGAUAAAGUUUGUAUGACCAAGGCCGAAUACGAAGAGUAUGGUCCCGAUUACCUUAAGGAGCAUAUGGCCAGCAACAUGUACAUACCCAAUCUCACGCUCCAGUGA